CUAAAUGUAUAAAUAAAUAUAAUAAUAUAAGACAUGACUUUAGAAAAGACUUAUUUUCAAGAGGAUUGGUUACAACAAGAUAUUUAUAAAGACUGGUUAGUUCCCAACGCACAUGCAAAAACUAAAGCUUAUUGCAAAAAAUGUAAAAAAUCAUUUGAAUUGUCCAAUAUGGGUAUUCAGGCUGUUAAAAGUCAUGCAGCAGGUAAGAAGCAUCAGUCUGCUACAAAGCCUGUUAGUUGUUUCUUUAUUAAUGGAAAAGAGUUGCAUGCUGAACCACUUGGAAGUGAGGAAAAAAUAUCCACAUUUUUCACCAAAAAACAAGCAACUAUUGUCUCUUUAAUUAAAUCAUCGUUAUCAACUAAUGCUGAGAUCAUAUGGGCCCUGAAAUCUACAAUGAGCUGCUACUCUAAUAACUCAUGUGCAAAGUUAAAUGACACUUUUAAAAAGAUGUUUCCUGAUAGCAAGAUAGCAGAAGAUUUCACUAUGAGCACCUCAAAAGUAUCAUACAUUGUUAACCAUGGACUAGCCCCAUACUUCAAGACACUUUUAAAAGAAGAAAUCACAAAGUCUGAUUGUUACAUUGUAUCUUUUGAUGAGAGUUUAAACGACAUAACCCAAACUUGUCAGAUGGAUCUACUUGUUCGGUAUUGGGAUGGCAAUGACAAAGUUAAAGUGAGAUAUUGGACAUCAGCAUUUCUUGGUCAUUCUGCAGCUUCUGACCUUCUUACACAUUUCAAUGAAAACUUAUCAAGAUUUGAUUUAAGUAAAAUGUAUCAAGUAUCCAUGGAUGGACCCUCUACGAAUCUGAAAUUUCUAGAUGAUCUUAAUAAACACAGAAAGGACAACGAGAUGCCACAACUUAUAAAUAUUGGAAGUUGCUCUUUGCAUGUAAUCCAUGGUGCUUUUAAAACAGCUAUCGAAUCAACAGCAUGGAAUAUUAAAGAAAUUUUAAAAGGGUGUUGGCAAAUUCUUCAUGAUAGCCCAGCUAGACGUCAAGAUUAUGAAACAGUCACAGGUGCAACAAAAUACCCUCUUUUUUUUUGCGGAACAAGAUGGGUUGAAAGUAAAUCUGUUGCAGAUCGUUGCAUUGAAAUCUGGCCUAAUAUAUGUAAGUUGAUUGAGUUUUGGGAAAAGUUACCAUCUUUGAAACAACCUAAAUCAAAAAGCUUGAAAAGUUUAUUGAUUGAAAAGUUCACGGACCGAACUCCACUAGGAUCUAUCAUUAUACGCAACUCUCAGGUUCUUAAUCCAAAUGCAAUGGUAGUAAUGACUCAAGAAGAUGCUGAGAAGAAGUAUAAAUCUUUAUUGACCCACUUGAUUAGCUUGAAAUAUGUUUCACCAAUCUUUUCCGAUAAAGCUAUAAAUCAAUUUGCAGAUUUCUUUAGAGAAUCAAGAGUUUAUCAAGACAUCUUUCAUGAGUUCAAUCGAGAAAGAGAUAGCUUAGAUGACUUCUAUUUUAAAAAAUUUAACCUAAAUAAAUAUAAAGAAUUUGCAUUGACUGUUAAAAUAUUAUUAACACUAAGCCAUGGACAAGCCUCAGUUGAGAGAGGUUUUAGUAUAAAUGCCACAGUACUAGAACAGAAUUUAAAUGAAAAAUCAAUAACUGCAAGACGUUUAGUCAAAGAUCAUAUGCUAUCAAAUAAUCUUCAGCCACAUAGUAUUGAAAUUACUAGCAAAAUGAUCAUUAGCGUAAAAUCGGCACACGAAAGAUAUAGAAGCUACCUAAAUUCAAUCGCAGAUACUAACAAAAAAGAAGCAAGUCAAUUGGCAAAAAAAGUUGUUAGCGAUGAAAUAAAAGAUGUUGAAACAAGGCGAGAUCAACUGAAGAAAACCAGUGAAAUGUUGCAGUUUGAUUUUGUAAAAUUUGUGGAGGAAGCAGAGGAGAAGCAAGAUCUAGGGUUAAUUUCUAAAGCUAAUGCGAUGAAACGAAAAGCAAAUGAAAAAAAUAAAGAAAUAAAGAAAUUAGAGCUAGCACUUUGCAUCUUAGAGCAAAAAAGAAAAAUGCUAAAAUAAUAUAUUCGUUCUCACAUGAAGUUUAUAUUUUUUAACAAAACACAUUAGUUUUUUCAAAGCAUAUAUAAAAUGUUAUUUUUUUAAUAUUUCUUUUAGUUAUCAGAUUAAUAUGGCUCUGUUUCUUGUUUAAAACACCUUUAACAGAUUGCUAUAAAUUAAUUAAAGACAGUCUCUGAUUUCUUAAAAAAUAGUGAUAAAAAGUAUUUAGGGAACAAGGAUUCAGUUGCAAUAGUAUUAUAUUUUUCAACAUUGAUAGGCAAAAUAUUUAGACUUUUCACCGCACAAACUCAGGGAAAAAAUACUUGAAAAUCAGGGAAAAUCAGGGAAAACUCAGGGAAAAUGGUUUUUCAAAACUGCCAUGAACCCUGUGAAAAAU